CAAGUAAACACUCUGUAACCGUAACGUUACCUUCGAACCGAAAAAAAUAACACCGGGAAAGCAAGGAGGAAAAGGGAGGUCGAAAGGGAAAAUAAUAACCGACCCUCCAUCUCUCUCUAUUUCUUUCAGUCUCUUCUCCUCUAUAGUAGUGUAAAGGGGGUCGCGAGCGCAGCGGCGCGUGGGUUCGGUUUAGUUUUUUUGAAAUUUGAAUUUUUCUCUCUGAGGGAAAAACCGUUGGAAGCUGUUGCGCGAGCUCGAGGCGCUUAUAUGAGACUGUAUUCGCCUCAGUUCGGCUAACUCAAGUUAGCUAGCUAGUUACUUUCCCUCAGUGCGGAGUACACACACCACACACACACACACGGACAGAGCGCCAUUCUGCCAGCCAGCGCUCUCCGCUGGAAGUGUGUGUGUGAGAGAGGGAGUGAGAGAGAGAGAGAGAGAGAGGGGAGUGUGUGGUGUGUGCCGUAAACUCGCUUUAGCUAGUUAGUUACGUGGUGUCGAGCCGUUCUGAGUAGCUAGGGCUAGUUUAGCUGCUAGCUUCGCGUUUUUCUUCCCCUCACGGUUCGGUUCGGUACGGUUUUGCCUCCGUGGUUCUGCCUUAGAUACUCGAAGGAGGCAGCAGAAAGCGCGUUUUUCCCCACGGGAGACUGACUGGGUCUGGAUUUGUAAGCUCUGAGGUACUUUCUUGCAGCGAAGGAAGGAAGGAAGGGAAGGAGGUGAAGAAGGAGGAGAAGGAAGGUCCCGGGAGCGGGCAGGAACCUCCGAAGAACAGCGGAGAAGAUUUUCUGAACUGAAGAAACCCUGGGCUUCGGCGACGUGGUAGCAUGCUCACCCUGGCCAGCUCUUCUCUUCAGAGCUCCUUCUUCUAAUGGUUCUCUUCUCUUCACUGCUCCACUUCCGGAAAGAAGACAGAAGAACUCCCCGCUCGUUCCGGCAGAACUUGAAAUCCGUUCAACCAGUCAGAAAGCUGUCCACCUUCGAAAACGCUCCUCUACAGUGAAGUCCUAACAUCUGUGACAGGCCCACCCACGAAGUGUCAGAACUAGUGGACUGAAAGACAGCCUAGGAUACGAAAAUGGCUAACAACACUGCGGACCAUCCACCGGGGAACUCUGUGGCCGAAGGCAACCAUGACGGGGACUUUGGCUGUACGGUGAUGGAUCUCCGGGAGUUGAUGGAGCUCAGGAGUGCAGAGGCAGUCAACAAGAUCAGAGACACCCACGGAGACGUGCAGGGGAUCUGCCGCAGGCUGAAAACCUCCCCCAUUGAAGGGCUGUCUGGAAACCCGUCAGAUUUGGAGAAACGCCACACGGCAUUCGGGAAGAACUUCAUCCCUCCUAAGAAGCCCAAGACCUUCCUGCAGCUGGUGUGGGAGGCACUGCAGGAUGUCACCCUUAUCAUCUUGGAGAUCGCAGCUAUCAUCUCGCUGGGCCUGUCCUUCUACCACCCACAAGGAGGUGACAGUAAUGCGUGUGGCCAGGCUGUCGGCGGUGUGGAGGAUGAAGGUGAGUCUCAGGCUGGCUGGAUUGAGGGCGCUGCCAUCCUUUUCUCAGUGAUCAUCGUGGUGCUUGUGACAGCCUUUAAUGACUGGAGCAAAGAGAAGCAGUUCCGCGGGCUGCAGAGCCGCAUCGAGCAGGAGCAAAAGUUCACCGUCAUCCGCAAGGGCCAGGUCAUCCAGAUCUCCGUGGCUGAGAUUGUGGUUGGAGACAUCGCUCAGAUCAAAUACGGUGAUCUUCUUCCUGCUGAUGGAAUUCUCAUCCAGGGCAAUGACCUAAAGAUUGAUGAAAGCUCACUCACUGGAGAGUCGGACCAGGUCAGGAAGUCCCUGGAGAAAGACCCCAUGCUGCUAUCUGGAACUCACGUAAUGGAGGGUUCUGGGAGGAUGGUGGUCACUGCUGUAGGCCUGAACUCCCAAACUGGAAUCAUUUUCACCCUGCUUGGGGCCGGCGGUGAGGAAGAGGAGAAAAAGGUGAAAAAAGGUAAAAAACAAGGAGCCCCAGAAAAUCGCAACAAAGCUAAGACCCAGGACGGCAUCGCCCUGGAGAUCCAGCCGCUGAAGAGCGACGAGGGGGCCGAGGCAGAGGAGAAAGAGGAGAAGGAGCCGCAGAAAGAGGUUAAGAAGGUCAACGUCACCAAAAAGGAGAAGUCCGUGUUGCAGGGCAAACUGACCAGGCUGGCUGUGCAGAUCGGGAAAGCAGGUCUUAUCAUGUCUGCUGUGACCGUCAUCAUCCUCAUCUUGUACUUCGUCAUCUCUACAUUCGGAGUGAACAAGCAGGAAUGGAAGGCCGAGUGCACGCCCAUUUACAUCCAGUACUUUGUCAAGUUCUUCAUCAUUGGUGUGACAGUGCUUGUAGUGGCUGUUCCUGAAGGGCUGCCUCUGGCUGUCACCAUCUCGCUGGCCUAUUCCGUUAAGAAAAUGAUGAAAGAUAACAACCUGGUGAGGCACCUGGAUGCCUGCGAGACCAUGGGCAAUGCCACUGCCAUCUGUUCCGACAAGACCGGCACGCUGACUAUGAACCGCAUGACGGUGGUUCAGGCCUACGUAGGUGAUACACACUACAAGAAAGUACCAGAGCCGGAGGCCAUCAAUCCUGAGACUUUGGAAUUGAUGGUGAACAGCAUCUCCAUCAACUCAGCUUACACCACCAAGAUCCUGUCCCCAGAAAGGGAGGGUGGUCUACCAAGGCACGUGGGUAACAAGACAGAGUGUGCCCUCCUUGGCCUGGUGCUGGACUUGAAGAGAGACUACCAGCCCAUUAGAGAUGAGGUUCCUGAGGAGAAGCUCUACAAGGUCUACACCUUCAACUCGUCACGAAAGAGCAUGAGCACGGUCCUGAAAAACCCUGACGGAUCAGGAUUCCGCAUGUACAGCAAGGGCGCCUCCGAGAUCAUCCUCCGCAAGUGUUCUUAUAUUUUGGACGCUGCAGGCCAGCCACGCGUCUUCAAGCCAAAGGAUCGGGAUGAGAUGGUGCGUAAAGUAAUCGAGCCCAUGGCCUGCGAUGGCCUGAGGACCAUCUGCGUGGCAAAGAGGGAUUUCACAGGCGAUGAACCUAACUGGGACAACGAGGCCGACAUCCUUACCGACCUGACCUGCAUCUGCGUAGUUGGCAUUGAAGACCCUGUCCGUCCAGAGGUUCCUGAGGCCAUCUCAAAGUGUCAGAGGGCGGGCAUCACUGUGCGCAUGGUUACAGGUGACAACAUUAACACUGCUCGAGCCAUUGCUACCAAGUGUGGUAUUCUGUUGCCUGGAGAAGACUUCCUGUGCUUGGAGGGCAAAGAGUUCAACCAACAGAUCCGCAAUGACAAAGGAGAGGUAGAGCAAGAGCGUCUUGACAAGGUUUGGCCCAAACUGCGUGUCCUGGCCCGAUCCUCACCAACAGACAAGCACACUCUGGUAAAAGGCAUCAUUGACAGCACUGUGGGAGAGACCAGACAGGUGGUGGCAGUGACGGGAGACGGAACCAACGAUGGCCCUGCCCUCAAAAAGGCUGACGUCGGAUUUGCUAUGGGUAUUGCUGGGACAGAUGUGGCUAAGGAAGCCUCUGACAUCAUCCUGACUGAUGACAACUUUACAAGCAUUGUGAAGGCUGUGAUGUGGGGCCGUAAUGUUUACGACAGCAUCUCCAAGUUUCUGCAGUUUCAGCUAACCGUCAACGUGGUGGCAGUCAUCGUUGCUUUCACCGGGGCCUGCAUCACACAGGACUCUCCGCUAAAAGCAGUGCAGAUGCUCUGGGUGAAUCUAAUUAUGGACACACUGGCCUCCCUCGCUCUCGCUACUGAACCACCCACCGAGGCAUUGCUGCUGCGUAAACCCUAUGGCCGAGACAAGCCCCUCAUCUCAAGGACCAUGAUGAAGAACAUUCUGGGCCAUGCCGUCUACCAACUGUCCGUCACCUUUACUUUGCUCUUUGCUGGGGAAAAGAUCUUCAACAUUGACAGCGGACGCAACUCACCUCUCCACUCUCCCCCUUCUGAACACUACACCAUCAUCUUCAACGUGUUUGUUAUGAUGCAGCUCUUCAAUGAGAUCAACGCCCGCAAAAUCCAUGGGGAGAGGAAUGUCUUUGAAGGGAUCUAUCGCAACCCCAUCUUUUGCAGUGUUGUCAUAGGAACCUUCGCCUUGCAGAUUAUCAUCGUGCAGUUUGGAGGCAAGCCUUUCUCGUGCACAGGUCUAACCCUGGAUCAGUGGCUGUGGUGCGUUUUCAUUGGUGUCGGAGAGCUGCUUUGGGGCCAGUUCAUCACAGCCAUCCCCACACACCGCCUGAAGUUCCUGAAGGAGGCCGGCCACGGAAUCACAAAGGAGGAGAUCCAGCAGGAGGAGCAGACGGAGGACGUGGACGAGAUCGACCACGCCGAAAUGGAGCUGCGCCGGGGCCAGAUCCUGUGGUUCCGAGGCCUCAACCGCAUCCAGACUCAGAUGGACGUGGUUUAUACAUUCCAGACAGGCCAAACGGCGGUCCCCGGUGCCCUGCGCCGCCAGCCCUCCGUGGUCAGCCAGCACAACGACAUUAAGGUGGUCAACGCUUUCCGUAGCUCCCUGUACGAGGGCCUAGAGAAGCCAGAGUCCAGAAGCUCCAUCCAUAACUUCAUGUCCCACCCCGAGUUCAUACCCCUGUCUGAGGAGGAAGCGCGGGUGCCCAUGAUCGAGGAGAGCAACGUGGAGAUUGAGCCGCUCCCCUCUUCUUCCUCAUCCCACUCACCCAGUCAGGGUGGGGGCGGCCAGCCCCCAGGCAGCUCCCUCUUCCGCAACCACGAGUCCUCCGUUUGACCCGGUCCAACCCAGUUCCGCUCCUUCUUUCCUACCUGGUCUGCUCCUGCAAGCACCCACUCACAUCCCACCUAAAAAUCCCACCCCGCCUGCCCAGCGUCCUCUCGCCCUGGACACCUGACGGCACCCGUCGGAUGCACUGCCAGCCUACAACCUGAAGGCAGAGAGACCCAGGACGACGGGGUACGACCAGAUUAUCUGGCGAGUUUUAAGCUCUCGCCCGGCCUUCCCUGCAUCCCCCCGUAUCCUCCCAUCCAUUGCCCCCUCCCUUCUGCCACCCCAGCUCCUCCUCAUUGCACUGUGGUGUGUGGGCGCUCUGAAAGAAGCACGCAUGCCGUCGCCCUGGCCGGCGCCACCCGCGCGGUCUAAACUCACCUUCGAGAGGGCGGCUAUUCUUCUCUCAGCCUGUCACUGACAUUGUAUCUCUAUUGCAGGUUUGUUUGUUUGUUUGUUUGUAUGUUUGUUUUUCUCUUUUUUUUGACAUUUUUAUGCUAUUGUCAUGACUUUUGUUCCAGGACAUUUUUCAUUUUCAUAGUGUAUUAGUGGGAUUGUUUUUUUGUUGUUGUUUUUUUUGUUUUUUUCUUCAUGCUCUCAGACAUACAACUUGAAGCCUACAGUACAUGUGCAGUUAUGCCGUUCAUACAUGUUUAUCUCUCUCUCUCUCUCUCUCUCUCUUUCUUUUUUUUUUUUGUUACAUCAUGUGGCGGUUUGAAACACAGGCGAUGUACUUCACUAUUCUCUGCAAUGUCUUUAUAACAAUAACUUAUGUUUGCCCCAUUUUGUUAUUCUCUUAUUCUCAAUUUGAAACUGUUACUGCUAUGGAAUGUCUUAAGUGGUUCAAACACACUACAUUCUUGUCAUCAUUAUUUUUUUUUCCAAAUACAUUCAAUCAUGUAUGAUGUCAUUGAGUGUAGCUCUCUUUUUGGUUUCUUUCUCUUCAGUUUAUUAUUUUUGACCUUUUUUUUUUCUCAAAUGAUUUUAUGCACAGACUUGAGUAAGGCUUCUGCGGCCAAGAGCAUAUUUGAUUCCCGAUUUCAGACGUCAACCUGUUGGCAAGAACGCCCCCUGUUGGGCGCAGAGGGGAGAGGCAGGCCAGCCAAUGUCAUACGUCAUCUCAUCCCACCACAUACACUGGGUCUCUCUAGUCUCUUGUAGUCAAAGAAUAAUGAUGCUACAGCCUCAAAAACAAAACAAAAAAAAAAGAAGAAAAGAAAUGACAGUUGUAAUUUAAAACACCCCUUCCGCACGUCACCACUGAAAUGCAUGUAACUCUUUGUAGUGUCACCUGUCUGACUUUACUAGGAACGGGGGACUUUUAUCUUUAUCUUUUUGGGAUAGUGUUUGUUUUUGAUUUUUCCUUUCUUCCUUGCCUUUUCUCACAAGAAAAUGUUUGCAUAAGAAUUGCUUGUGAGUGUGCCUGCAUGUGUGUGCGAGUGUGUGUAAAUAAGUGUGUGUGCAGUUUCAAAUUCUGCCAUUUAAGUCAUUUCUUUUUCCCAGCUCUUCAAAUCUUUGAUGUUCAGCAUUAAGGCAGUCGCACACAGGAAUCACUGCACUGCACCGCACCGCACAAUGUGAAGCAAUGAAGUGCUGUAGUAAAAGAUUCAUAACAUAUAUCAAGUUCAUCUUAAGGAUAUUAAAGUAAAGCGAGCUGACAAUAUUUAAUAAAGACUAGAUAGACAAGGUGUUCUAUUGGGUUGAGGUCUCUCAGGACUCUGUGCAGGCCAGUCAAGUUCUUCCACGCCAAACUUGCUCAUCCAUGUCUUUAUUAACCUUGCUUGGGCACUGGUGCGCAGUUAUGUUUGAACAGGAAGGGAGCGUCUCCAAACUCUUCCUGCAAAGAGACCAUAACCAGACACCAUAAUCCCCCCCUCCAUCAAACUUUACAGUUGGCACAGUAUAGUCAGACAAGUACCGUUCCUCUGAUAACUGCCAAAUCCAGGAGGAGUUGUCUUGCUCAGCUCUGUACAACUGAGCUCUCACUUCAGCCUUUGUUGCGAAGCAUGGUGCUGUGCUUCAGUAAGAAAAAAAAAGAGGUGGGGUCUUAAUUCACAUGUAUCAGAGGAGGCAUGUGCUUGUAUCGACCCUGCUAGUGUUGAAAGCAUUGUUGUGAUCAGGAAGUUAAUAUGAAUAUGAAACUAUAAGAAAUGUGGUAAUAUUAUAAAUUAAUUUACACUGUGUACACAAGUAUAAGGCAAGUUGUAUUUUUGAAGAUUCAUUUUAUUAUUGGAACAACUACAUUACUCUUAGUCAACCCAAAUUGUUAAUAAACCUCAAACCUAAAUAUUUUAAGAAAGUAAAAGUAAGGUUUAAGCUUAGAAUUUCGAUGUGUGCAAAAUUACUGGGCAACUAUUAGUGUGCAGAAUCAUUAUGCAACUAAAUGCAUAAUGUUUACAUCUGUUUACAUCUGUUACAGCAAAAAUAAUAAACAACUCAAAACGUACAACUAAACAUUUUGGACAUUUAAAAAAAAACUCAGAAAAGAGCCAACUAGUUCAAAUUUAAUAACACCAGCCCAUAGCAGUACCUCACCUCCACCUAGCUGACAUCUGAGUCGAGGUGGAGCUCUAUGUUCGUUACUGAUCCAGCCACAGGCCAAUCCAUCUGGUCCAUCAAGAGUCACUCUUAUCUCAACAGUCUAUAAAACCUUUGAAAAAUCAAAAAGUCUUCAGAAAUCAUGUUUUAACUAAUGUGUCUUGUUCAGUGAUGGUCAGGUUUCAGCCUUGCUUACUUUGGCCAUGUCUUUGAACACUGAACAUCUUAUACUUCAGGUUGCAGUUCUGGAAAAUGACAGCACUGGCGCAUAAUGGGUUCAUGGUCACUUUUUGGUUGUUAAUUUGCGUCUUUUUUCUUAAUGAGCUUAUUGUGACUGUAGACUGUUUGCAACAACACACACUUUUUCACAAUUUUUGACUUUUCAGAAUCAGUUAAAUCUCUUUUUUUGGCUCAUUUUGCCUGAAGAAAACAAGCUGCCUAAUAAUUAUGCACACCUUGAUGCAUAAUUAAUUAUGCACACCUUGAUGCAGGUUGUUGAUCUCCUUAGGUCACACCCUCCCUCAUUACACAAAUACACAUCACCCUUACGCUUAAAUUUGUACAACUUGGAGUUGGAAAAUAUGCAUAUAAAUGAUGAUGUGGUCAAUAAUAAUAAUGCCUGAUAAGUGUGACACAGUGUAAAGUGGUUUUAAUUUCUAGAGUUCUGCGUGGCGUGGAGUGUCCAGUGUGUGACUGCAUUUAGACUGCAGCAUUACCCACAGUUCUGCCCUGCUCUGCCCUAAGGCACGAUCAGUUGCACAGAAGACAAUACCAGAGGCACCGUGCAGGACUCCACAGCAGCCCUCAUACUACAGGCUGCAGCAUGUUACUUAAACAUUUUAAAAGGAGAGCGAAAGGAAAAGAAAAAAGGCAGAAUAAACCAGAGAGUAUUACACAAACCGAAGCCUCUGUCGAGCCUUUUAACGAACGGCCAGUUAGCGGAGCAGAGCUGUCAGCUAUUAAAAAGGAGCAAGGUCCGCACAACAUGUGCUUUAUUUACCCCAAUCUUAAUACUGCCAGUUUAUUCCAGUUUAUCUAUCUUCAUACCGAUCUGGGUUAAACAGAUUCUUCAAUAUUCUAUUUACUGUUUUUUCUACUUGCUCAGAGCCAUAUUUUAUAAAUUGUUCUUUUAUAACAUAUUAUUUUUGUGUCACCUGCCCCUCCCCCAGUUUUUUUUUUUUUUCGUUGUUGUUUUGUUUUUUGCUUUAUAUUAUAUCUAGCCAAAAAUUACAAAUAAAAGACACCAACCAAGAGUCACUGCCUAAAAACUAUUAAUAUAUAUAUAUAUAAAAAAAGACAAAGAUGAUCAUGAUGAUGAUGAUGAUUAUGAUGGACCACUUCAAUGUUUACGGAACAAAAAAAAAAAGAAAGGUUGCAGCGUUUCUAGGUGAAGCUACACUUCCCCCUACUGGCAAUUCAAUUUAAUUUUUCUUCCUUUCCUCUUUUUUAUGUUUUUUUUUUUUUUUUUUUUUAAAGGAUUUCACCUUUAUUUCACUUUUAGUGAAAGCGUAUUGUAAGUGUAUUACUGUGGGGAAGCAGCAUGUGUGAAUUUCAUAUAAAAUUCAAUGUUCUGUUCUUUUUUACAACUGUUGUGUAUUUUUAUAUUAAGUCGACUUUUUAAUAUUUUGGAACUAUUAUAUAAAUUAUAGGAACGUUUGGUGGAUUAACAAACAAAUUAGUCAAGACAUUAGUAAGACAGCAUAGACAAGCAUAAUUUUUGCUCUAUUUCGCUCUCUUUUUUUGUUUUGUUGUGCUGAUUCUUUUUCUUAUCUGCGGUUACGCUAAUACCUAUGCCACGUCGUUUGAAAAACCAGGCUGUGGCAGCAGUGGGUAGGGGAAGCAGGAGAUGAUAUGUUAGAACGUGAUGACUUGUUUUUUUCUCUCUUUAACUUGUUUACUGUAAAUUAUAUAUAUAUAAAUAUCUAUCUAUCUCUAUAUAUAUAUAUAUAUAUAUAUAUUAAAAAGCCAUGGGAAGGAUGGGUCUGGCUCAGGCCUGGCCGUGUGCAGCGAGCCUGCUUUUGGCUUGGGGGAAAUAAGGGUCUUAUGUGCAGUGGCAAAAUAAAAGCCUUUUAUAAUUGUUAUUAUAGGCUUGUUAUAUCUUCACCAAACUGGAGACUUUAUAAAUGUAAUUACACAGACAUUGCUAUGACUAGUUCUGAUAAGGAUACUGUGUUGAGUGAUGAAAGGAAAUAUUUUGGAUGCAUAUGUGUACAUUUACACUGUUUUUAAAUCGCUUCAUAAUUUAUUUUUACUUAUUACUUUUUUCUUUUCAAAUAUGAUUCAUUACCCUGCGUUCACACUGGCAAGGCAGUAAGUUGGCCCAAGUCAAUUGGUAUAAAAAAUGGUAUGGAAUGUAAAUUUUGUGUCACUUGUUGCUUAAUCUCGGCUAUAAAUUGUUUACACCCUUACCAUGCGUUCAUGUUCCAUUUGUCUUAUUGGGGGUAUGUAUCAGCUUGACUGGUUAGCAUGCUGGCUAAUUUAGCUAGUAAUCUACCUAUCGAGUAACCAAGCCACCAGAGACACCAACAAAAUCCAUUACCAAACUUUUCGCUACUGUUUUUGAUUAGUUUGGGUAAUUUUACCUCAAAUAUGAGUCUUUUAGUGCACAUGUGUGCAUAACUGUUUGCUGCGUUUAAUGUGGUUUAAAGAUAGAAAUGUUUCAAGAGUUAGCAAACAAAACUUUUGGAAAGUUCUGCCAAAGUUCUGCCAAAGUGGAAAUGCAUGUGAUUAAACACAAUAUUUUGUUUAGUAAGUAGAGCAUUAAAACUGACCAUUUUAGCUACAAUUCUGCUUUGUUUGAAUGAGCAAAUGUCUGGUCACUUUCGCUCUGUCACCUGCCAGUGUGAACUUUUUUUUUCCUACUUUAGUUUUUUUAUUAUUUUUGAUUUGAGUAAUUUUACCCCAAAUUACAGCGUUUUAGUGCACCUUUGUGCAUUACCGUGUGCUACGUUCAGUGGGGUUUAAAGAUUGAAAAGGUUCGGGAAUUACCAAGAGAAGCUUUAAGAAAGUUCUGCCAAAGUGUUGUUGUUUUGUACAAUCACGAAUUAAUUUGUAUGUUUCCACAUUCAAUUCUACAUUAUGGAUAUAACACUACUACUUUGUUCCCUACAAACCUCAUCACAUCAGAUUAAAUCAGAUGAUAUCAUUGAGAGUUCUCAGUCCGUCUCAGUCAGAGGUAUCACUAUAGAUGUUAUAUGAGAGGCAUUUGUGUGAGGAACUCUUUAUCAGAUUUUUGAUUUUUAUUAUAUUUUAUUUUAUUCAGAUUUUUUUUUCCCCUGUUCAUCUUCUCAUUCCUGGAUUUUCAGCGAUUGUACGCGGAUCUGAUGCGAAUCGAUUGACUUCAUUUCAGUCAUUUCUGUUUUAACUGUUGCUUAAGCAGUUUUAGCGCCGACAGUUCAGUUUUAGCUCUGCAGGACAAUUUGGUAUUGCACAGUAAGUCGAGAAAAAUCGAGGGAAAGAAAUGUGGAAAAAAUGCAACAGCUUAACACAAGGACCUGAUGAUGAUGAUGAUGAUGAUGAUGAUGAUGAUGAUGAUGGUGUGCAAUUACUCGAAUUCGACCGCACUGCUACGCUACUCUCUACUGACGUUUCCUCAUAGAUCUUGUAUGGUUGGGAGUUCAGGAGUUGAUGCAUCCCAGUUGUAAAUAAAACGAUUGCAUUUUGAAACUGGAAUAUCGGAAUAAGUCACAACCGCCGAUUGUGCAGAUUUACUCAAAAACAGAUCUUGCAUUGUGCUCGAUUCUGUAAGGAGGACAUAAAUGACAAUGGGGGGGAAAAAAAAAAAAACAAAAGCGAACAUCGUCUCCUGAACGGAACAUCAACUUUCUGUACUUCAUAUGGAUACAGUAAUAAGCACUGGUGUUAUUUUUGUAUAAACAUAAUAUCAUCUAUGUGGCAUGCAUGACUUAUAAACAAAUUUGGUGGUUCAAAGCAAUAUGUACAACCUGGUGUGAGUGGUAUUUCUAGUGUCCUGUGUUGCUUAAAGAAAAACUCUUCUAACUGUUCGAUAUAUGUGUUCAAUGUUCUGCAUGAUUAAGUAUGGAAUGAGACAUGUCCCAUCAUUAACCCCACCCUCCCCUCCUCAUUACCCCGCCCCCAAAUCCAGAACUCCUGUUCUUGCCCUGUUGUCAAUGGAAAUCCGGGUACGCCCACACGUACACUCCCACAAUGAUCAAAGCGAUGGGCGUGUCUGACCAGAAGAAACACACUCUGAUAUGAUGCUGCUGCUGUUGCUGCUGAUUGGUUGGUUGGUUUUGGAGAAGGAUCUUUUUUUUGUUGUUGUUCUUUUACUGUGUUGUCAUAAUCAUCAAUACUGAAGGCUGAAGGGUGUUUUUGUUUUUUUAAACAUGGGUUAAGUGUGGUCAGGUGAUUAGUCAUUUUACACAUUCCACUUCCAGCCAUGCUUCAGUGCCCAGGGGUGCCCAAACUUAUGGUCUGUUGGUGGCAAAGUGCAAUGCUUGUAGUGGGCUGAGGGCCACAAAGAUUAAAUGAUAAGCAGUGGUGUUCAUCUUCUGCAGAUGCUUUAAGGUUUGGAUUGAAAUUAGAUUUAGAUUAAAUAGAAUAUAAUUUAAACCCUAAUCCUGGCCUAAAGAAGCUUUAAUUGUUAUCAAACUCUUUGUUGAGUGUUUGAAAUAGAUCUAGGAUUAGGUGUAAAUUUAUUAGAAUAUAAUCCUAAAACUAAUCCUAACCUAAAGGGGAUUAGCUUCAGAAUUAGGUUUAGAUUUAAUAGAUAAUAUUUUAAAACCUAAUCCUGGCCUAAAGAAGCUUUAAUUGUUAUCAGACUCUCUGUUGAGUGUUUGAAAUAGAUUUAGGAUUAGAUGUAUAUUAAUAGAAUAUAAUCCUAAAACUAAUCCUAACCUACAGUGGAUUAGCUUCAGAAUUAGGUUUAGAUUUAAUGGAAUAUAAUUUCAAACCUAAUUCUGGCCUAAGGAUGCUUUAAUUGUGAUCAAAUUCUCUGUUGAGUUCUAGACAUAGAUUAAGGACUAGGUGUACAUUAAUAGAAUAUAAUCCUAAAACUAAUCCUAACCUACUGAGGAUUGGGUUCAGAAUUAGAUUUAGAUUAAAUAGCAUAUAAUUCAAACCCUGGCCUCAAAAUACUGGCCUAUAGAAGCUUUUAAUUGUUAUCGGACUCUGCUAAGAGUUUUAGGAGAGACAUUUAGGAGAUUUAGGAUUAGGUUUAAAUUGAAUAGAAUCCCAAUCCUAAAGUUAAAAUUAACUUGACUGUAUACGCUUAAAUAUUUGAGUUUAACUUAAUAUUUGAUAUUUAGAUUAAACUGAAUGUUGAACCUAAUCCUAAAUGACAGAACCUAGGUUUAGGCUUAGAUCUGAAUAUAGUUUUGCUACACAUUAUACUAUAUUUUAUUAUUAAAGUUAUUCUAAGAUACAGCUUAUUUAUUUAUAUACUGUAUAUAUAAAGAAAUACAUAUAGUACAUGGCUUUUUUGGGGGGGAGGGGUUUACGGAUAACUUUGGGCAGCCCCUGUAAUCUGGAUCUGCUGUGUCUGAAGUCUACAGUCCCUGCCAAUCUUUUAGCUAAAGAACACCAUCUGCCCAUUAUAUUCUACUGUUGGGUCAAGAAGAACCUUCAUGAGUACCGUAUUCUGUAGUAACGGACUGACUGUACCCUACAGACGCAGCAGAGAGUGCUGGAGUGCUCCUUUAAUUAAUCUUCAUUUUGUGGCCGCUCUAUUACUGUCCUGCCUUUAGCUGACCAUGUGUGCCAUCCUCAAGCUGCAUUCUCCAUUUUUCAUCCAUUUCACCUAUCAAAGAUCAAAGAAGCUGUGCAAAUAAAGGAACCAGAAACAGCUAAACUGCUUCCUGCAUGUGUGAAGCAUUAGAUUUUUCCUUAACAUUAAGUGUAAUGGUAAAAAAACUGUUAUUCAUACCCAUAUUUACAGUUAAUCCUUACCCAUAUCUAUAGCUCUAUUUAUACAUGUAUCCAUACCUGUAUUCUCAUCUAUACCAGUAUCUGUACCCAUAAACAUAUUAGUACCCAUAUCCAUACUUAUCCAUACACAUCCAUACCCAUAUUAAACACUAAUAUUAUCUCUUCUCUGUUAGUGUCUCUAACAGUGUUUUCAGGCGUUUAAGACCCUUCCACAAGCACAUCAUCUCUCCAUCAGAUUAUAUAUUUCCAGUAGAAAGAGAACUGGCACUGGUUUGAUACAUUCCAUGAAUACAUUCCAGGUAUGUGUGUCUGUAUAUGUAUUGAUUUU